UAUUACAGAACUUCUCAGACUUAUUGAUUUGGACUUCUCAGUCACAUUUUCCCUAAUGGAUUUACCUCCUGUCAGUGAAUAUGACAUGUAUAUUAAAAACUUUGGAAGAACAAACACUAAACAGGCAUAUGUUCAGUACAAUGAUGACAACCUGGAUAGAGACAUUCAGACAGAUGAAGUUGAGACCCUAGAAAAAUGGACCCAGUUUCCAGCAGCCGGUGCAGUUGUAUGUGGAGGUCCAACGUCUGACAGUGAUUUGUCUUUGGAUUUCUUGUCCACAACCAGAAUUGAUACUCCAAGAUUAACUAACUUCCUGCGUUCUGCCUGUCAGGUUAUGUCUGUUUUGAUCGAAGAAGAUCGAGCUGAAAUGCAACCCAGUCAGAUCUUUAAAUCUAAAGGAACUAGCCUUUCUGUAUGCGAUGGAUGCUUUCAGUUCAACACUAACUUACCAUUCCUCCAUGAUCGUGAAGUACAUUCCUUAAGCCUUUCGCUGGUUCAAAGACAGACCAUAAUUUCAGUCCAUGGACUACCUAGGAAGCCCAGUGCAGUUCGACUAGACAGCAAAUUCAUUCUGUGUGUGUGGAAUAUAUGGGAACCUUCUAGUCCCCAAAAAGUUCUUAUUUGUGAGUCAGAGGUACGGUGUUGUUGUUUUAGUCCAGGCAAAGCCACUUUGGUAUUUGCUGGUACAGUAGAUGGAUCAGUUGUAUUAUGGGAUCUCCGGGAACGUUCCAGUCUGCAUCAUACUAUGAAAAUAGGUGAUUUUGAAUGGAUCUUCAGGGAACCAACAUUCUGCACUGAUGGCAUUCUUAGCACAGUCAAUCACAGCUGUCCUGUUCAGGCAAUAGAAACUAUAUCCAUAGCGGCUGCUGAUGGUAAACAUCAUAGCCUGUCAUUUUCAGUGCCACAUGAAGAGUCAUCAGGUCUAUCAUUUCAGCUUGCUUCACUAGAUGAAAGUGGCCUGCUUAACCUUUGGGUAGUUGUGGAGCUGCCAAAAGCAGAUAUUGCUGGUUCUCAGCUUGACUUGGGUCUCAUUCCAGGUGGAAAAGUGAAGCUGAUACAUAGCUCCAGAAUUAACAUGAACAGCAAUAUACUUCAGAUGGGUGCACAUUUAGGAGUUCUACAAACAUCAAGUCUUAAAUUUCUACCUUCUGAUCCUAAUCAUUUCAUAAUGGGGACAGACACAGGUCUGGUUAGCCAUGGCACAAGACAUGGACUCAGAACAUCUCCAAGGCUGUAUAAACCUCAGCAGAAUGGACCUAGACCAGUACAGGUCACGUGUUUGAAUUUCUGCCCAUUUGAGGAGACAUUAUUUUUGGUUGGCUGUUCAGAUGGGAGUGUAAGACUGCAUAGAACAACAUCUGAAUAUCCUGUUUUCCAGUGGAAUGACAGCACCAAAGGGCAGCCAGUUGUAUUCAUGCAGUGGUCUUUUACUCGACCUGCUGUUUUUUUUAUACUUGAUGCGGAAUCAUAUAUUUAUAUAUGGGAUUUACUAGAUAAUGAUAUGCAACCAGUGGCACAAGAAUUAAUUCAGUCUGACAAGGUUACAACCAUUGCUGUCUUAGGAGAUCCAGAGAAACCAAAUGCUCUUUCAGGAUUAGUUCUGGCCAAACAAUCUGGAACAAUAGAAAUACAAUAUUUAAAUAAACGAUGGACAGUAAUCCAGCAUGAAGAGUUAAAAAAACUACAUAAAAUCCUUCAGUUUGCCAUCUGAUAACAGAAGAACCUUUGCACAUUAUCUUUGAAGACAAUGAUGAUCUAAACACAAGUCAGCUGACAAAAGUCAAAAUUUAUGAUUACCAAAUUUUUUUUUACAGUCACAAGUAAAAUACACUUGCCAGCUUCUGUGAGACAGAGAUGCCAUUCACAGAAAGUGCUGCACUGAGUUUUGUGCUAUCCAAAUAUAUGCUGCUUUUUAAAUAUUUCAUAUUUGGUAAUGAAAGGUUAUUGAUUGUUGUGUCACUGUAGAUCCUGAGGACCAUGUUGUAGCCAGACUGAAAAUUGCAUGCUUCCUUUCCCCAAAGUAAUGUGGUUCCACAGCUACUAACAACUUUCUCUGUUACGUUACUUGCAGAAAAUGAAGGACCACUUUAACCUAUAAUUUAGGACAUUAAAACAUGAGCUGUGGUGGUGGACUGGAGUUCUAGAAUAAGUCUAGAUUAUCAGAUGCUAUAGAACUGCAGAAAGGGACUCCAGACAUCCAUAGUUCUGGGAAAGGUGAUGAUAACGUUGUUUUUUUAGUGCCAUAUCCAAGUAUCUAUAGAGGCAGAGUGGAAAUGAUGAUAAAUAUACAAAGUAUCCCCUUCCCAAGGUUUAGAAUAGCUCAUCCCACAGAAGUUUGUCUCAUUGAUUUAGUUUCAGUUAGCUGAAUGGCUGAAUUAUCGUGCCCAAGACUUGGAAGGGGUGGGAGUCUAAUAAGGGUUUAUUAAGACAGCAUUAUCAAAAUGAUUCAUUUUAAUUUGCUGUACCAGGACUAAUCUUUCAUCUUUGAAUCACAUAUGUUGUUUCUUCUGAGUUAAGCUGAUGCUGCUUGCAGGAAUUAUCAACAUUCGAUGUAUGCUGAAGCAGUGCCAUAUCCAAGCAGCAGCCUUUGUUUGCAAUGUCACUUGCCUUUAACUGUUGGAAAUUCAGACUGAUGAGUCAUAAAUGAUUAUGUCUUCUUGGAUAAGUUGGUAUUGCCUGCUGAUAUUAUUUUAAUGCAGCACAUAUCCAGGCAAUGCUGUUUACCAGCCAGUAACUACUGUCAUUGUUGUCAUGUGGUUUUGCACGGUUCUUCCUGAAAAUGAGCGAAGAGUAGUAGUCAAAACUCUACACAGGUAAUUCUGUUUUGGAUCACAGUUGUCUUUCUCAUGUUUCACAAGUUAAUUUUCCCUGGGAAAUUUAUUGCAUUUAUAAAGCUUGAUCCCAGAAACAGUUUACAGAAUAAAAUAUUUUAACUUCUACAUCAAUUAUGACAGUUACUUAUGAAGGGUCAACAUCAGACUUUAGUGUCUUUUUCUCACUACAGAACAUGUUGAGUAUUUAUGGUUGGCUACAGAGUAAGUAAUCAUAGUACAGAUAGUUGUAAAACAAAUUAGACCCCGACUGUUUAAUCCACAUAAACUCAAGCCCUAGCAACUGUUGUAGCAGAAAUCAUUAAAGCCCUGACUACACCAUAGAUGACCUGAGUUUGAGUAGCAGCUUUGUGCCUGUAGGUGCUGGCAGGGUAGGAUGGGAGUAAGUGGCCAUUGCCAGCUCACCCAUCUUAGGGACAGGGAGGCAGUUGUGGCUCUACACAUGGCUGGCACCCAGCAGGAGCACUGGUUGUUUCAACCCAUAGAGCAUGAGUCUAAUGAGGCGACACUACUAUGUGUAGUCACACCCUACUCCAAGGGGAAGUGUGUCUUCACACACUGAAUUUCCCUUGGAAAGCAUCUGAUAGUGGAGCUCAAAGAUUUUGCAUCAAGGGAGUAGAGUACUCUUCUGGGAGAAAGGAUAGGGUGUGCCGCCUUGCAAGGCCAGCAAGGUAGCCCACUCCCCCUAGUACUCAGGUCUCACAGUAGUGCUGAUGAGCUAAUAGAGAUUUCCAGGCAGGAUUGAAUAGACUGUAGGUUUGUUGCCUAGCCCAGGAGCAGUGGGCUGCCUCGAUCGCAGAAUGAUUGGGCUGUAGGGUUAUUGUUGCCUUGCCCAGGAAUAGUGGGCUGCCUCGAUCGCAGAACGAUUGGGCUGUAGGGUUGUUGCAUAGCCCAGGAGCAGUGGGCUGCCUUGAUUGCAAUAUGAAUGGACUGACUUGGGUAUAGGUAGAGGAGCCAUCAAGGCUCAUCCUGUAGGGGAGAGAAUUCCUCUUGCUUGUAGGUUAUUGUAUUGAAAUCUACAGCAUUCUUUUUGUUCAUGUCCCCUUUAGAGGCAGAUGAAUGUUUCACUAUUUUUAUACUCGUUCUGGGUAUCUGAGUAUUUCAGUUUAUGCCAAAGGUAAUAGACAAGUGUUUGCUUAAAUGAGCUUUGGUUUUACAGUGUCCUGCAUACUUAGCUUGGAGUCCUUCAUCUAAACUUUUGGAUAGUAUUCUGGCAAUGAGUUCUGCACAGGUACAUUAGCAGUUUCUAGUUCCUGUUCUGACAUUUAUUUCUGUGUAUUUAACAACCUUCCCCAUGGAUUUGUGGAUGCUUCCAGGUCACUGACGGGCACAAAUUAUAAUGGGCAUCAGUUGUUGGACUAUACCACUGGCAUGAUACUUGGUUUGAGGUAUCCCACACUGCCAUUAUCUGGUGGGAAGCAUCGUCCCAUCUUUAAUAAAUAGUAGCCUUGGCCUCAGUCUUGUUUUAUAUUAAAUAAGAAACUACUAAGCUGACUGUGGACUUAUUUUUCCAUUACAAUCAUAAUAUGAACUUUUGGUAUUUUGAUUUUUCUGACUGAACAUUAUUUUGGUCUCAUUAGAUUCAGAAGGACUAGCAUUUCCCUCAUAGGAAACAACACAGGUCUUUCUUAGCAGAUUUUGUAUUUAGACAUCUAUGGAUCUAUUUUUUUGAGGACCGAGAGUCUCGCAGGACAGAUGGUGACAGUACAUGUUGAUCAUCUUUUUUGAAUUAAAAUCUGAAUUGUUAUUGCA